AUGAAGCCGAUCGUCAGCGCGGUGCAAGCGUGGUCUUGCUUCGUUAUCUCCCUCUUCGCGAUCGUCAUCCUCUCCGUGCUGGGUCUCCUCUUUAAGAACAACCACCCCGAGCUGGUAGGCGGCGACGACGAUCCGGAGAAUGGGCCCGAGGUUGCGGCGACUGUUUUCACCGCUGUGAUUAUCUACACUGGCUUCCUCGUCUUCUGCGGCAUCCAGGGCCUGCUCCAUCUGCGCGAGAACCGGAGAGGCGCCAUCGCACUAUAG